GAAUAAUACUGACUUACAGCAUAUAUUGUGCAUAACAUUUAAUUUGAAGUUGAGCUCUAUACGUUUGAUUUAACGAGCAACUAUCCGUACUUAAUAUUCUUGAUGUAGCACAUAAUUAGGUAGCUACAUACAAAUCCAACUGAAGAAAUGAAGACAUCUUUAGUUAUUUCAAUCGGGGUUUUCGCAGUUUUUACUGUAUCAGAUAAUUUUAAAUAAUUACUGCACAGUGUCUUAUAUUAUGGUCAUCUUCUUCCGGGGAUACGAGAGUCAACGUGACGACAAAUCAUACGAUAGGAAUCCAAUUUGUGUAAUUUUUAAUAUGUUUUUGAGUUCCCAAAAAUCACUAAGAACACAGCUAGAAUUUAAAGAAAGAGCUGAAUUAUUAGAAACUUCUAAAAUAGCUCGGAAAAUCUUUAAGAUAAGCUUAGAAAAGAAAAGCAACUUAUGUGUAGCAGUCGAUGUUGAUACUGUUGACAAACUUUUAGAUAUUGCUGAAAAAGUAGCACCACACAUUUGUAUUUUAAAAAUUCAUACUGACGCCAUUAAUGGUGUCACAGAUGCUACUAUUAAUGAUUUACAAAUCUUAGCCAAACAGUAUAACUUCCUUAUAAUGGAAGAUAGAAAAAUGGCAGAUAUUGGUAAUACUGUUAAAUUGCAAUACAAAAAAUUAGUUAAUUGGGCAGAUCUUGUAACAGUGCAUAGUGUUUCUGGUGGGAUGAUGUUAAAAGGCAUUCAAGAAGUGAUAAAUGAAAACGCAAACUCAUUAGAUAGCCGAGGUGUGUUCAUUGUUGCAGAAUUAAGUUGCAAGGGAAAUUUAAUAUCGGAACAAUAUAUCAAAGAGACCGUGAAGAUAGCUGAAGAGUAUACAGACAUUGUGGCUGGUCUAGUGUGCCAGUCUCAUGAUAUUAUAUCAUCACCAAGCCUAGUUCAACUUACACCAGGUGUUAAUAUUAAAAAAGCCAAUGAUAAUCUCGGCCAACAAUAUCAAACUCCUAGAGAUAUUAUUUUAACCAAAGGAGCUGAUAUUGCAGUAGUAGGUAGAGGAAUUUAUCAAGAUGACAAUCCUGCUGAAUUAGCUAAAGCAUAUAAAGAAUCGUUGUGGAAUACUUAUUUAGAACGUGUAUCCAAUUCUUCAUUAAUUUAUAACAACUAAUAUGCCAAACAUAUAUAAUUAAUAGAUACCAUUAAUUUUGUUUAUUUUUCAUAAUUGU